CGAAGAAUUUAUCUUGAUGGAUGCUUUUUUCGAGUGGACAAUUACAUGUUCUAUGACCAGUAUUUAGGUCCAGAAGACAGGCAUGUAUGCGGAAACAGGACGACAAAGGGUGCAUUGUUCCAACAGAAUGCUAGGCUAGCCAUUCAGCAAGCAGUUGCAAAUGCACCGAGUAAUGACGGCUAUGCGCGUGCCGAAGUGUCAGUACACGGUCCUUCCAACGAGACAGCUUAUGUUCUCGCUGAUUGUUGGAAGACACUAAGCGCGAAUUCCUGUGCAGCGUGUUUGCAAAAUGCAUCUGCAUCUAUGUUGGGAUGCUUACCUUGGUCAGAAGGUAGAGCCCUUUACACUGGAUGCUUCAUGAGAUAUUCUGAUACAAAUUUUCUCAAUGAUACUUCUACCAGUGGAGGUUCGUCAUCAAGGGGAAAAGUUGUAGUCAUUGUCAUAGUUGUUGUAAUUAGUUCCGUUGUCGUUUUGGGAGCAGGUGCGUUCGUUGGUUUUGGUGUUUGGAAGAACAAACAAAUCCAGAAGAAGAGAAAAGGUGCAAAUGAUGUUGAGAAAUUAGUGAAGAUCCUUCAUCAAAACAGCUUGAACUUCAAGUAUUCGACACUUGACAAAGCCACGGGGUCAUUUGAUGAGGCCAACAAGAUCGGGCAAGGUGGAUUUGGCACAGUUUAUAAGGGUGUUUUGGCAGACGGAAGAGAGAUCACCAUCAAAAGGCUGUUCUUCAACAACAAACACAGAGCUGCAGAUUUUUAUAACGAGGUUAACAUAAUCAGUAGUGUCCAGCACAAAAAUUUGACACGGUUAUUGGGAUGCAGCUGUUCAGGACCGGAAAGCCUUCUUGUAUACGAGUUACUCCUUAACCAGAGUCUUGAUCGCUUCAUAUUUGACCCUAUCAAAGGUAAAGCUCUAAAUUGGGAGAAAAGAUUUGAGAUAAUUAUAGGGACAGCAGAAGGAAUGGUAUACCUACACGAGAACACAAAUACACGAAUUAUUCACAGAGACAUUAAGGCAAGCAACAUCCUGUUGGACUCGAGGCUCCGUGCAAAGAUUGCUGAUUUUGGUUUGGCCAGGUCAUUCCAAGAAGACAAGAGUCACAUAAGCACUGCCAUUGCUGGCACAUUAGGAUAUAUGGCUCCAGAAUACUUAGCACACGGUCAGCUAACAGAAAAGGCAGACGUCUACAGCUUUGGAGUUCUUGUUACUGGAAGUCAAAAUAACAAGAGAAAAAACGCCGAAUAUGCAGUCAGCUUAGUUUCCAAUGCGUGGGAGCACUUUCAAUGCGGGAUAGUGGAGGAACUCUUCGAUCCCAAUCUCAUGUUGCAUAACUACCAUACAAUUAAUGUGAAAAAUGAGGUUGCAAGAGUGUUACAUGUGGGACUUUUGUGCACUCAAGAGAUUCCAUCAUUACGGCCAUCCAUGUCUAAGGCAUUACAAAUGUUCGUCAAGAAAGACGAAAAGUUGCCUUCUCCUACUAAGCCGCCAUUCGUGGAUGAGAAAACCAUGGAACUUCAUGACCCUUGCGAGAUGUACUCGCUUAAACAAGGCGAUUCUGCUACGACUGCUGACUUAUCUCACAGUUCAUUUUACCCCAGAUGAUGACAUCCCAUUGCCCUGAAACUGAAGUGUAAAAUUGGCCUCAACUGGCAACUAAACACUCCAACUUUGCCUAUGCACAUCUAGACACCUCAUUUCUAAAAGUAGGGGGGGGGGAUUGAAUUAUUUUUGUAGUUUGUCUAUAUAAAAUUAUGAGUUUGAUUUAAUGUGGAUCUGAGGCCUCAUUUGUUUUCAUUAAGAUUUAGACGUUUGAAUCUGA